UAUUAUUAAGAUAGUGUCAGAUAUUCUCAGUGACACAGUUUAUUUUAUCCUUUAUUUUCAAUAGGUGUUAAUAUGGUUUUCGCUAAUUAUAUCCGUAGUUAAAAAUCAUAUCGUGAUAAAAAAAACCUAGUGUGUUGUUGUGAAAACAAGAUGCCUUGUUUGUGGGGCAGUAGGCAAACUUAUGUUGUAUCAAAUCAAAAAACUUCAAGAUAUAGUGAUUCGGCAAAAGUUUUAAAUGACGAAUUGACUCAAAAUGGUGCCGGCGGGUCAAAGCAAACAAAGCCUCAAAAACACAAUAAGACCAACGGAAAUGAAACAACAGGACAAGGAAAAUCACCGGAAAAACUUGUUUCAAACACCAAGCCUCAAAAUGACAUCACGACAUCAUCAAAAACACAGACAAAAGUACAGGAAGAACAGGGUUCUUCUCAUAGUGGAAUUUUAAAAGAAAAUACAAUACAUAAAACCGAAAAUGAUGAAACUGAAAAUAUUAAAACUACAAAUAUAAAAAGUAAUGACAACUCUGUUAUCAAGCCUCAAUAUGACAUCACGACAUCAUCAAAAACACAGACAAAAGUACAGGAAAAACAGGGCGGAAAAAACGGAAAUGAAACAACAGGACAAGGAAAAUCACCGGAAAAACUUGUUUCAAACACCAAGCCUCAAAAUGACACCACGACAUCAUCAAAAACAGAGACAAAAGUACAGGAAAAACAGAGUUCUUCUCAUAGUGGAAUUUUAAAAGAAAAUAUAACAGUACAUAAAACCGAAAAUUAUGAAACUGAAAAUAUUAAAACUACAAAUAUAAAAAGCAAUGAGAAGUCUGUUAUCAAGCCUCAAAAUAUAUCGACAUCAUUACAAACAACGACAAAAGUACAAGAAGAAAAGGAUACUUUAUCUCAAAGUGGAAUUUUAAAAAACAAAUCAACAAGACAAAAAACAGAAAACUUUGAUACUCACAAUAUAAGCACUACGUAUAUAAAAAAUAACGACUACAGUGUUAGCAACGGUUCUUCAUCUGAACAAGUAAUUAAAAAUGAUGUAUUACAUACAAGUAGUUCGUUGACAGUGCAAAAUGAACAUACACACGAAACAGUCGUAAAAAGUGAAUCCUUGCAAACAAAUGUAGCUGCUACAGAUAGAGCAGAUUCAACAGAUUCAUCCACCACAAGUUUAACAGUUGUAACAGAAUCCAAAAGCGUUAAAUUGGAUCACGCGUCAUCACCAAACCCAAAAACAUCUCAAGCAUCCAUAGCCAUCAGUAUAACAGCAUCAGAAGAUCACUUAGAGGAAGAGACUCAACCUAGUGUAGAUGAAACUGCUGCCGGUAACCUUACAGUACCUCAAACGUCAAGUAGAAAUUCUUUGGAGUCAAAUGGUAGUAGCCAGGAUGAUAGAAAGGAUAGUAUGGAUCUAUCGGCCGAAGGACAGUCAUCUUCGAACGAUAAAAGUACUAGGAGAAGAUCUGGAGUCCAAAUUAGUAUGCCGGAGGUGGUACUGGAAGGAGCGUUACCUGUAUAUGCAAAAUCGACUGAAGAUCAAGACAAGAUUAGACAAGCCAUAGAAAAAAAUGACUUUGUCAGUAAAGUAAUCUCUGGGAAACCCCUGACUGACAUCAUCAAUGCUAUGCAAGUGAAGCGCGUAUCAGCGAAACAGAAAAUAAUCAAACAAGGAGACAAAGGUUCUGAAAUGUACGUUUCGAAAGAAGGCAAGUUUAGAAUCAAAGUUAAAGGAAAAUUGAUAGGAGAAUUCGAUGACAUCAGGGUAUUUGGUGAAUUGGCUAUCUUAUACAACCCAAAGAGAUUAGCUACUGUUCAAGCUGUUACCGAUGCCACGGUUUGGGUAUUAACCCGAGAAGUAUACCAGCAAAUAGUUAUUAGCCACAACCUAAAAGAACAAGACGAAAAUCUCAACUUCCUCAGAAACGUAGCUUAUUUGAACACGGUAGAUGAGAGGAUUCUUCGACAGGUUUCUAACUUGUUAAAACCGGAAUUUUUCCCGUCAUCUAGCGUGAUUAUACGACAAGGCGACAAAGGGGACAAGUUCUACAUCAUAAGAGCAGGUACGGUAACUAUAUCAAAAACUGGCGAAGGUGUUCUAGGCAAAUUGGGAAAAGGACAAUGUUUUGGAGAGAUGGCACUCCAAAAAGAGGACACGAGACAAGCUACAGUAACAGCAGAGGCUCCUGGAGUAGAUUGCCUCACUUUGACCAGAGCUGACUUCAUAAACCACUUCGGAGACGUAGAAAUACCGAAGAUCGAAGUCAGCAAAACAAGUUUUAAGGCUGUGGUUGAAGCUGAAUAUCAAGAUAUUGUACUGACAGACUUGAAACUUAGACAAACUUUGGGAGUAGGAGGAUUCGGCAGAGUAGAGUUGGUUUCUCACAAGAAAAAGAAGGACUUGGUGUUUGCACUGAAAUACCUGAAGAAAAUCGAAAUAGUCAAGCUGCAACAGGUAGAUCAUGUUAGGAACGAAAAGAUCAUUCAGAUGAAUUGUAAAUCUCCAUUUAUUGUCAGACUGUAUAGAACAUUCAAGGAUGCGAAAUAUGUCUACUUCUUGAUGGAGGCUUGCCUUGGAGGUGAUUUAUUUUCGCUCAUUCAUAAACAAAAAGGCAAGCGAUUUGAGGAAAAAGAUGCCAAGUUUUACACGGCAUGUGUACUAGAGGCCUUGGAGUAUCUACAUAGUAAAGGAAUCAUAUACAGAGACCUCAAACCUGAAAAUCUCACUAUAGAUAAUCUGGGAUAUUUAAAAUUAACUGAUUUUGGAUUCGCAAAACUGAUGCCAGCUAGGGGAAAAACCUACACUUUUGCCGGCACACCAGAGUAUGUUGCACCUGAGAUAGUUUUGAACAGAGGUCAUGACAGAAGCGUGGACUAUUGGGCUUUUGGAGUAUUAGUCUACGAACUAUUGACAGGAAGAACACCUUUCAAAACUGGAGACACUAGCUACAUGAGAACGUACAACAAAAUAUUAAAUGGAAUCAUUAACUUUCCUAGUUAUGUGAACCCCAAACCGAAAAACUUGAUAGAGAAACUAUGUAGGCCGGCACCUGUUGAAAGACUUGGUAUGCAGAGGGGUGGUCCCAGAGAUAUUAAAGCACAUAAAUGGUACCAAGACUUCGACUGGGACAGGUUUAUCCAGCGCCAGAUACCUGCACCUAUUAAACCAAAAAUCAAAAGUGCCCUGGAUGCAUCCAACUUCGAUGAAUUCAAGCCGGACAAGGACUAUCCUCCAGAUGAAACAUCAGGAUGGGACGUAGAUUUUUAAAUUUUUAAAACACUUUUGUAAAUUUUGUAAUUUCAUAAUUUUUGGUUACGAACGUCGCAGUAAGCGUUGAAAGAUCAUUUUAGAGACUAUUUAUAUUUAUUUAAAUUGCAGUUUUUGUAGUUUUAAGUUAAGAACUUCAAAAACUAUAAAAACUACAGUAAAACUUCCAGUAUGCAUGACGGUAGGUAAGGUCUUUCAUACACGGUUCUUCUCAUAGAAUUAUAUAUUAAGUGAUAUAUGUAUGUAUAUUUUACGAAAAUAAAAAAAACAUUUAUUAGUAAAUAAGAAAAACCAAA